AUGGCUUUCGAGCUUGGGACAAGGGUAGGUUCUAUUGGUGGGCAUGGUGUAGUUAGAGGUGGUAUUAGUGGAAUUGGAAAUGGGGAUGGAGCUGGUUUUGGUGGAACUGGAACUGGUGUAGUUGGAGGUGGUAUUGGUGGAGCUGGAAAUGGAGAUGUAGCUGGUUUUGAUCGUGGUGGAGUUGGAGAUGAUUUUGGUUUUGGAAUUGGUGGUGGUGGUGGUAGUAGUGGUGGUAGUGGAGGUGGAACUGGAACUGGAACUGGUGGUGCUGCUAGUGGAACUGGUAGUAGUACUGGAGCUGGUUAUGGUUUUGGAGCUGGUGGAGCUGGAGAAGUUGGUGGUGGUGGAACUGGAAUUAGUGGAGUUGGAACCGAAGGUGAAAAUGGCGAUGGUGAAAAUAGACACCAUUGA